AUGAAUAUUGGCACUUGGAAUGUACAAAGUAUCAGCGGAAAGAUUGAGGAAAUCACUAAAGAGUUAGAAGUAUUAAAAAUGGAUAUUGUAACUUUAACUGAAACAGAAAGAAAAGGCAAUGGCACAGAACUAAGUAACAAUUAUGUGCAUAUUUAUAGUGGUGUUGCAAAACAUGAAAAAGCGAAAAGAGGUGUGUCCAUUUUGAUUCAUAAAAAACACCAAAAUAAAAUCACAGACUUUGAGAGCAUAGAUGAAAAUAUAAUUAAAGUUAAUAUGAAUAUAAAUCAAAAAUCAGUCACCAUUUUUGGAGUCUAUGCAAUUUCUGAUGACGAGCCGUAUCAUAAGAAGGACAAUUUCUUUGGAAAACUUAAUGAAGAAAUAACAAAAAUAGGGAAUGGAAGGGAACUUAUAAUCCUUAGCGAUUUUAACGGUAGAGUUGGACGAAGGACAAACCAUAAAGUAAUGGGCCCACAUGGAGAAAUAACUCUAAAUGAUAAUGGCGAAAGAAUAAUAGAAAUAUGUGAAAGUCACCUAUUAAAAGUCACAAAUGGCUUUUAUAAGCAUAAGGAUAUACAUAAAUACACUUGGCCACAACCAACUAGCAAUCUAAAAUCAAUAAUAGACUACGUCAUAAACAACAGCGUUGAAGAAAUAUACGCAAAUAUUAUAAGCAGUGUUCACAGUGCAGCGGAAGAAGCUCUUAGAUUAAGAGCCCAGGUUCAAAGUAACAACAUAUGGUGGAAUGAAGAAAUAGAUUGCUUAAUUAAGGAAAAGAAAAACGCGUACAAAAAAUGGUUGAGUAGUAAACAACAAGAUAGAGACACAUAUCUAGAAAUUAAAAGAACAACAAGACAAAAAAUAAGAAUUGCAAAAUGA